AUGCACACCCUUAGAUCCCCGACGUUACGACUAAUACGUCCGCCAUGUCGGCGGUACUCCACCGCCGCACCAUCAGCGGCCGCACGCCUCAACCUCCCCAUCGACUACCGGUCUUCACCUCUUUUGCACCACAGUUCGGCCUCGCUCUCCAAUAACCUAGAUCUCCCAGAGUCUACCACCUCGAAGUCGCUCAAUAUGUAUCAGGCGAUCAAUUCCGCCCUGCGGACGGCUCUGACGGCCUCCAACCAGGUCAUGCUCUUCGGCGAGGACGUCGCUUUCGGAGGUGUCUUCCGGUGCUCGAUGGACUUGCAAUCGGAGUUUGGCUCCGAGCGUGUCUUCAACACCCCGUUGACGGAGCAGGGGAUUGUGGGGUUCGCUAUUGGUGCCGCGGCGGAGGGCAUGCGGCCUGUGGCGGAGAUCCAGUUCGCAGAUUAUGUCUUUCCCGCUUUUGAUCAGAUCGUGAAUGAGGCGGCGAAGUUCCGGUAUCGGGAGGGAAGUACGGAGUCGAAUGCGGGUGGGAUGGUGGUGCGGAUGCCUUGUGGUGCUGUUGGACAUGGGGCGUUAUAUCAUACACAAUCGCCUGAAGCGCUCUUUUCGCAUGUCCCCGGCGUCCGCGUCGUGAUGCCGCGGUCCCCCUCGCAGGCAAAGGGCCUUCUCCUAGCAUCCAUCUUCGAACACAACGACCCCGUCAUCUUCAUGGAGCCCAAGAUCCUCUACCGCGCAGCAGUAGAGCACGUUCCGAGCGAAUACUACACCAUCCCGCUCAGCAAGGCCGAGAUCGUGAAGCCCGGCAACGACCUAACAAUCAUCUCCUACGGCCAGCCCAUGUACCUCUGUUCGGCAGCCAUCGCCGCCGCCGAGAAGGCCAUGGGCGCUAACAUCGAACUGAUCGACCUGCGCACUAUCUACCCCUGGGACCGACAGACGGUGCUCGACAGCGUCACUAAGACGGGGAGAGCGAUUGUCGUGCACGAGAGCAUGAUUAACUACGGGGUUGGCGCCGAGGUGGCCGCCACUAUCCAGGAUGGCGCUUUCUUGCGGUUAGAAGCGCCUGUCAAGCGUGUCGCGGGGUGGAGUACCCAUACCGGGCUGGAGUUUGAGAAAUUCAUCCUCCCGGACGUUGCUCGGAUAUACGAUGCGAUUAAGCAGACGCUGGAAUAUUAG